UCUAGAAUAUACCUGCAAGCGAAUUCGUCAUGAUUGGCUAACAUCAAUUCUGGUAUAUAUAGUUAGGCAAGUUUAGGGAGUCUUCAGUCUAAAUCCAAAAAUCACAAACUAAAGAAGUUCUCCGCAUUUCUGCCAACAUAAUACAAGAUGUCUAUGGUACCUCUACUUUUCCGUGACUGGUGGGACGAUGAAGACUUUUCUCGUCCAUCUCGACUCUUCGAUCAGCAUUUUGGAUUAGGGCUGCGAAGAGAUGACCUUCUUAAUACCGCCAGAUCUUUUCCAAGAAGUUCCAUUUUUAGAAGUUAUGUCAGGCCGUGGAGUACUGCUCUCCAGAGACAAGAUUCAGGUUCAACAAUUCAACAGGAUAAAGAAAAGUUUCAAGUUAUUUUAGACGUCCAGCAGUUUGCACCAAAUGAAAUCACAGUCAAAACCAGCGGAAGCAGUAUUGUUGUUGAAGGAAAACAUGAAGAAAAACAAGACGAACAUGGAUAUAUUUCAAGGCAUUUUGUUCGAAGAUAUGUACUUCCCCAAGAACACGAUAUUAACGAUGUUGUUUCAACUUUAUCAUCUGAUGGGAUUUUAACAGUGACAGCUCCUAAAAAGGUUUAUCAACCUCCUACUGGCGAAAGAGUUGUACCAAUAACCCAAACAGGGCCUGCUAAAGCAACUGUCACUGCUGCUAGCGAAUCACAACCAAAAAUUGAACAUCCUACGAAUUAAAGGAAUGUACCUGACUGUCAUUUUAAGAAAAUUUUCAUUUUGAUAAAAGUAUUAUUUUUAACAAAUUCUAAUCCGAUAAUGUAAUGUUUUUGGUGAAGUAUUUUCCAUUUUUGUGUAUUUUUCUACUGUAAUAAAUGAAAUACAUAUUUUUUUCCAACUCCUACUAUUAAA